UCGACACAGACGCGUAGUAAAAUCCAGAUUGAUAGGCGCUGCUGCUGCUGCUGCCGCCGCUUUGUUAGGACUGGACUCACUUUAUUUGGCGUUAGCAGUGUUGGAAGUGUGAGGAAACAAAAAAGUUUGAUGAACGCAUCGUGGACUAUUGGAAAGUAAUUAUUUAAGAUGGGACUCUUGGCUGAAGACAUGGCGUUCCACUCCAGCAUUCCUGUGCCUCUGGAUAUAACUGUGGCUGUAGUCUACUCAAUUUUCGGACUAUGCUCACUAUUUGGAAAUAGCACACUGCUAUAUAUCUCCUACAAGAAAAAGCACCUGCUGAAGCCUGCAGAGUACUUUAUCGUCAAUCUGGCUGUUAGCGACCUGGGUCUUACGUUGUCCCUUUAUCCCAUGGCCAUAACCUCAAGUUUCUACCACAGGUGGCUGUAUGGGAAAACUUUGUGCUCCUUAUACGCAUUCUGUGGCAUACUGUUUGGCCUCUGCAGUCUGACCACUCUAACCCUGCUAAGCAUGGUGUGCUUUGUGAAAGUGUGCUGUCCGCUUUAUGGAAACAGGUUCAGGCCUUUUCACGGCCAGCUGCUCAUAGCCUGUGCUUGGGUCUAUGCGUUGCUGUUUGCCUGCUCCCCACUGGUCCACUGGGGAGAGUACGGACCAGAGCCUUAUGGAACCGCCUGCUGCAUUGACUGGCGCUUGUCCAAUAAGCUCGGCACGGCCCGCUCAUACACUGUGGCGCUCUUUGUUUUCUGCUACAUCCUUCCAUGCUGCGUAAUUGUUGCGUCCUACACGAGCAUCUUGGUGACUGUGCAGGCAUCCAGGAAGACCAUGGAGCAGCAUGCAUCAAGGCAGAUGAACAUGAGCAGCAUCCAGACGAUUAUUAUCAAGCUAAGCGUUGCUGUCUGCAUUGGAUUCUUUACAGCAUGGAGUCCAUAUGCCAUAGUUUCAAUGUGGGCCGCCUUUGGAGAAAUCGAAAGCAUUCCCCCUCUUGCAUUUGCAAUGCCUGCUAUGUUUGCAAAGUCGUCGACUAUCUACAACCCGAUGAUCUACCUAAUGCUGAGGCCUAAUUUUCGACAAAUCAUGUGCAGGGACCUGGGAACGCUAUUCCAAACAUGUCUGAAGGGAUGUCUCGUGUUUAAGGGCCACGCGAAGUGCUGCUCGAAACCAAACGUCAUGCUCAGACGUCGCACAGCUCACAGACAGACCAACCAGCCUCCCUUAUCCAUCUCCUCUACUAAACUGCCUACAGUGACUAUGAGGGAUCUCAGGUGUCAGAGGUGCAUGGACAAUUUUGAAUGCUUCAGACACUACCCUCAAAUGUGUGGGAUUGCUAAUCCAGCCGCCAACACGGACUCAUCAAGAGAUCAAGAAACUCCGGUUUUGCAAACAUUUAGCCAGAUGUGUGAGAGUGAGCAUCCAAAGAAGUCCCUGAUGGCCACCGUAAGGACAUCAGAUACAAACUAUUUCAAUAUCAGUUUGGAGAUGGUUCCCAGGUACACAAAGGAGGCUUGGCCCUGAUAAUAUUUAGAAUGUGUCUGACAUGUUUAGAAAAUGUGGAAAUAUCCAUUCCAUUCAACCAGUCAAAGUGAGAGGCUACAUGUGCAAUUUGAACCUGGAAUCAUCCUGCACCAGUGCUAACAACAAGAAGCUAAUAACUGCCCUUCCUUACAGCCUGCAACAAUUUUUUUAAGAUUCAGAAAUUUAUACUAUACCGUUAUGUCUUUUUUGGCAACAGCUAUGUCCUAUAACAUGUUUGUCAUCUUUUUAUUUUAUUUUGCUAUGGACAGAAUAAGAAAAAGUUUGGUCAAGUCUUCCACUAACUAAAAGAGGGUAUUGAUGUGAUACAGUAAAAAUAGGUUUGAAGAUUUAAACAUUUGCUCUUUCAUAUAUAUAUAUAUAUAUAUAUAUAUAUAUAUAUAUAUAUAAAAACAGAGCUCAUUGUUGAAAAAUUUACUCUGACCUUAUCUAAGGCCAGUGAUGCCUGCAGUUCUGAAUUAUUUAUUUUUUGUAACUUCCUGAAUUGGUGGUUAAAAUAAUUUUGGUGGUAUGGACCCUCCUGGGAAGGUUUCCCUACAGCUUCAUGUUGUCUCCAACUGUAAAUAAUGACUCUCACUGUGGUUUGUUAAAGUCUCCAAAGCCUUUGGAGUGGGUUUUAAAAUCAAUAAAUAGAAAACUGGGAACACAAACAGAUGUACAGACACAUAUGGACAAUGUUUAUUGUAAUAUCCUUUCAGCAGAACACUACCGACAAGAGCCUUGAAUUUGUAGAAAUGUACCACUGAUUGUGCAAAUAUAUGCAACCUUAAUCUUAAUCAAGCAGAAGUCCAGAAAGCCAGUUCAACAAAGACCUGAACACAUAGCAAAACAUGAGGAAAAGACCAUCAUCUACAAUACUUCCAAGAAACAGCUCAUCAGAAUGAAAAUAUUGUGAAAAUUACAGUAAUUUGUGCAAUGAGUCAUCAAACAGAAAGGUCAGAAGUAAUUUAUGCUUACUUUUCACUGUCACUGGGUUUACAUUCUUGAAGCUCAAAAUGUGCAACAAGCCUUAAAUUUACUAAAUAUUAUUGUAGAAAUAUUGCACCACAAAAGUUUUAUGCUUUUGUAUGUUCAACAUACCAUUUUCUACUAUACGUGGUAUUUUUGACUCAACCUAUCUUGAAGGUUCAAUUUAAACAUGUUGCUCAAACAUGAUGGCUUUUUAUCAUUAUUCCACCAUGUAACAAAACAAAAACAUCAGAAAACCCCUAUUAAGAACGUCAGUUUGGCUCAGACCACACAUAUGUAAAAUGAGCUACAAAGAUAAUAUUGAAGUAAUAU